AUGGGUGCUGUCUGCUGUCGACCACAGCCCAUUGACUUCGACGGUGAAGUCAAUCUAUUCCACUUCGUCCUGCUGCGCUGCGUCGGAAAGGGAGCCUUCGGGAAGGUCCGUGUGGUACAGCACAAGCAGACGCGGGAUCUCUACGCCUUGAAGUACAUCAACAAGACGAAAUGUGUCAAGAUGAAAGCAGUUCCCAAUGUAAUACAAGAGCGACGAUUGCUAGAGGAGAUUGACCACCCCUUCAUCGUCAACUUACGGUAUGCAUUCCAAGACGACGAGAACUGCUUCUUUGUGCUGGACCUUAUGCUAGGAGGGGAUUUACGAUUCCACUUGGAACGACUUGGCUCGCUGAGCGAAGAGACUGUACGUUUCUACGUUGCCCAAAUAUCCUCUGGCCUCGCCUUUCUUCAUGAGAACAAGAUAAUGCAUCGGGAUUUAAAACCCGAUAACAUUCUUCUUGAUGAACGCGGCAAUGCUCAUCUGACCGACUUCAACAUCGCCGUCCACUUUUCAGACCGUAAGCUCAACAGUGUCGCUGGGUCAAUGGCGUAUAUGGUACGUGAGAUCCUAACGAAACGCGGUUAUACGUACUACAUCGAUUGGUGGUCAUUGGGUGUCUGUGCAUAUGAACUCAUCUUUGGACGACGGCCGUUCAGGGGACGUUCGAACAGCGACCUUACCUACAGCAUAUCCAAGGACCCCCUAAAAUACCCCGAGGACGCAGAAAAGAAAUGCAGCCGAGCUGGCCUGCAAGUCAUUCGAGGGUUAUUGGAGCGCGAUGUAACCAAACGCUUCGGGUGUAAACCCAAUGGCGAGGGUUUCCAAGAAUUUAGCCGGCACCCUUGGUUUAAGUCCAUCGACUGGGAUACGUUGGAGAGCAAGGAGCAAAUAUCCCCGUUCAUACCCGACGCUAAGAAAGCCAAUUUCGACGCUUCACAUGAAUUGGAAGAACUCCUUCUAGAAGACAACCCCCUCAAGGCUAAAGCACGGAAAGCGAAUCAGGAUAACUUGAGCGCGGAGAUGAGGCAGAUGGAGGAACAGUUCACUUCAUAUGACUUCAAAAAGAUGCAAAGACGGUCAUACUAUCCUACCAAUCAGCAUAUCGUUUCAACGGUAACUGCAACGUCUUCAAGCGGACCUGGCCUUGCGUCUCGCCCAGUGACCCCAGGAAACCUUGACCAACGGACAGACGGUGUAUCAAUCAACAAUGGCCAUUCACUUGAUAUGCACCUUCACCCGUCACUUGAUAUACAUAGUAACGCAGUUGACGGUGACCUCUCGCGGACGGAGAAAUUCAACGAGGAUCACCCCAUGGUGGAGAAGACCUAUCACCCAUGA